CCAUUAUACUUGCCCACGAAUCUUUGAGAACAUUAUAAUGACCUUUGUGCCUCUUCUUGCAAGGUGUUUUCUCAGCUGUUAUCUGAAGACAUGGAUAUAAAAAACUCACCAUCUAGCCUUAAUUCUCCUUCCUCCUACAACUGCAGUCAAUCCAUCUUACCCCUGGAGCAUGGCUCCAUAUACAUACCUUCCUCCUAUGUAGAGAGCCACCAUGAAUAUCCAGCCAUUACAUUCUAUAGCCCUGCUGUGAUGAAUUACAGCAUUCCCAGCAAUGUCACUAACUUGGAAGGUGGGCCUGGUCGGCAGACCACAAGCCCAAAUGUGUUGUGGCCAGCACCUGGGCACCUUUCUCCUUUAGCGGUCCAUCGCCAGUUAUCACAUCUGUAUGCAGAACCUCAAAAGAGUCCCUGGUGUGAAGCAAGAUCACUAGAACACACCUUACCUGUAAACAGAGAGACGCUGAAAAGGAAGGUUAGUGGGAACCGUUGUACCAGCCCUGUUACUGGUCCAAGUUCAAAGAGGGAUGCUCACUUCUGCGCUGUCUGCAGCGAUUACGCAUCGGGAUAUCACUAUGGAGUCUGGUCGUGUGAAGGAUGUAAGGCCUUUUUUAAAAGAAGCAUUCAAGGACAUAAUGAUUAUAUUUGUCCAGCUACAAAUCAGUGUACAAUCGAUAAAAACCGGCGCAAGAGCUGCCAGGCCUGCCGACUUCGGAAGUGUUAUGAAGUGGGAAUGGUAAAGUGUGGCUCCCGGAGAGAGAGAUGUGGGUACCGCCUUGUGCGGAGACAGAGAAGUGCCGAUGAGCAGCUGCACUGUGCCGGCAAGACCAAGAGAAGUGGCGGCCACGCGCCCCGAGUGCGGGAGCUGCUGCUGGACGCCCUGAGCCCCGAGCAGCUGGUGCUCACCCUCCUGGAGGCUGAGCCGCCCCAUGUGCUGAUCAGCCGCCCUAGCGCGCCCUUCACCGAGGCCUCCAUGAUGAUGUCCCUGACCAAGUUGGCCGACAAGGAGUUGGUACACAUGAUCAGCUGGGCCAAGAAGAUUCCCGGCUUUGUGGAGCUCAGCCUGUUCGACCAAGUGCGGCUCUUGGAGAGCUGUUGGCUGGAGGUGUUAAUGGUGGGGCUGAUGUGGCGCUCAAUUGACCACCCCGGCAAGCUCAUCUUUGCUCCAGAUCUUGUUCUGGACAGGGAUGAGGGGAAAUGCGUAGAAGGAAUUCUGGAAAUCUUUGACAUGCUCCUGGCAACUACUUCAAGGUUUCGAGAGUUAAAACUCCAACACAAAGAGUAUCUCUGUGUCAAGGCCAUGAUCCUGCUCAAUUCCAGUAUGUACCCUCUGGUUGCAGCGACCCAGGAUGCUGACAGCAGCCGGAAGCUGGCCCACUUGCUGAACGCCGUGACCGACGCUUUGGUCUGGGUGAUCGCCAAGAGCGGCAUCUCCUCCCAGCAGCAAUCCACGCGCCUGGCUAACCUCCUGAUGCUCCUGUCCCACGUCAGGCACGCGAGAUGGGGAGAAAAACAAUUCAUUCAUUUGAAGUUAUCUUAGUGCCAAGAGUCAUGUGAAAAUGUCCCUUCCAUGUGGGCAAUGAAAGAUUUGCAGACGAUAUAAAACCCAGACUACCUCAUAAAAGAGUUCUGGGAAUACACUGAGCUUUGAGUGAAAGAAGCUGCAGUGGGCUCCCUGGAGAUGGGGAGCAAACCAGCUUAAAGGCCCUUAUCCUGAGGAAGAGACAAAAAUUGACAUGCACAAUAUUAAGCUUUGAACUGCAGACCACACUUCCUUUCACUGCAACUUUGACUUGUCCCGCAUCUCUACUUAAGGGCAGAAAAGGCCUCUCACUCACUCACCUCAUUUGGAAUGAAGAUGGAGAUAGACAGACUCUUUUGCCUGAAGCAACGAUGGAGCAGUGACCCUCUGUCAACUCGGUGGCCUAAAGAAAAAUCUUGGGUAACAUUUUUACUUCAAUUUCCCUCCGCGAUAAUUUGUAAUCCAUGAAAAAAUUAUUUUAAAGAGUUAAAAUACUUUGAAGAAGUUAUGUGGUUAAAAACCACCUUCCUUUCUAUUACCAAUCCAACAAUUUGAUAACUUUAAACGCUGAAGGUAAAGUGAAGACGGCUUCUCUUCCGAUGGUCUCCUUAACUGCCCAGGCCUUGCUGACAUCUCACCCACGAGGGGCACCAAUGUGGAAAGCUGAGGCUUCACCUACUGAUGAGCUUCACUGGUUUCCCCUGAGGUUUGUGCUUGGCAGAGAAGGGGAGGAGGGGACUGGGAUUGUGUGGUCAGCUGUGCCGGCCAACAGAUGCAGGUUAGGAACUGUGUUCAGUAUCAUCUUCCAAUCAAGAAAGGGGAAAUGCCGAUGCCUAUCCUCUUUGUUUAGGUAGAAAGUUAGUUAAAAUGCUACUGGACUUAAAUGGGCAA